UGGAUCCCGGCCGGUCCCGGCUGCCGUCGUCGGAGGAGGCGAGUCCGUGUCCCGGGACUCGUGGCCAAGAUGGGUGGCAACUUUUGAGAAGCGACUCUCUGGGUGGCGCGCUGUGUGGAGUGUGGAACUUCGCGCUCCGUGGCCACGAUUACUGUCAAGCGGGAAGCCAACUGCUUACCCCCUCCCCUAAAAUGUUUUUAAAAUUCAGUUUAACGCAGAUUUUGAGGGAGAGGACGGGGUGGAUUACAGGUUAAAGAAGCACUUGGCAUGCAGUCAGGAUACUUAUUUUGUAGUGUUGCGAAGGAUUCGGAGAUUGUACUGGUUUCUAGAAGCAGUUUUCUCUGGUGGAUUGUCUCAUUAUUAGUGCUGAAUCUUCUUGUCUACUUGUAUCUGGGAAUUUAACUUUGAAGAGGAAGAGAGUGAAUAUGAAUAACUGAAAAAUAAAAUGGCAUGCCCAAAGAAAAAUACGAGCCCCCUGACCCUCGGAGGAUGUAUACAAUUAUGUCUUCUGAGGAAGCAGCAAACGGAAAGAAAUCCCAUUGGGCAGAGCUUGAAAUAAGUGGAAAAGUAAGAAGCUUAAGUGCAUCUUUGUGGUCACUAACUCACCUGACAGCUUUGCAUUUGAGUGACAAUUCCCUGUCCCGAAUUCCUUCAGACAUUGCCAAGCUUCACAAUCUGGUGUAUUUGGACCUGUCAUCUAAUAAAAUUCGUAGCUUACCUGCAGAACUCGGAAACAUGGUAUCACUCAGGGAGCUCCAUUUAAAUAACAACCUGUUACGAGUUCUACCUUUUGAGCUGGGAAAACUGUUUCAGUUGCAGACUUUAGGCCUGAAAGGAAAUCCCCUUACCCAGGAUAUAUUGAACCUUUAUCAGGAACCAGAUGGAACAAGACGGCUGCUGAACUAUUUGCUUGAUAAUUUGUCAGGUACUGCAAAAAGAAUUACAACAGAACAACCACCUCCAAGGUCUUGGAUUAUGUUACAAGAACCAGAUAGGACAAGGCCAACUGCCUUGUUUUCUGUCAUGUGCUAUAAUGUUCUUUGUGAUAAAUAUGCGACCCGGCAGUUAUACGGCUACUGUCCAUCAUGGGCGCUAAACUGGGACUACAGGAAAAAGGCCAUUAUUCAAGAAAUCUUGAGCUGCAAUGCUGAUAUCGUAAGUCUUCAGGAGGUUGAAACGGAACAGUAUUACAGUUUUUUUCUGGUAGAGCUGAAAGAACGUGGCUAUAAUGGAUUCUUCAGUCCUAAGUCUAGAGCUAGGACAAUGUCAGAACAAGAAAGGAAACAUGUUGAUGGCUGUGCAAUAUUCUUCAAGACAGAAAAAUUUACUUUGGUUCAGAAACACACUGUUGAAUUUAAUCAGCUAGCCAUGGCAAAUUCUGAGGGGUCUGAAGCUAUGCUGAACAGAGUCAUGACAAAAGAUAACAUUGGGGUUGCAGUACUGCUAGAACUUCGGAAGGAAUCGAUUGAAAUGCCGUCUGGAAAGCCACAUCUUGGAACAGAAAAACAACUUAUUCUUGUGGCUAAUGCCCACAUGCAUUGGGACCCUGAAUACUCUGAUGUGAAGUUGGUACAAACUAUGAUGUUCCUCUCAGAAGUGAAGAACAUUAUUGAUAAAGCCUCUCGCAACCUCAAAUCCAGUGUUUUGGGAGAAUUUGGAACUAUUCCGCUUGUGUUAUGUGCAGAUCUUAAUUCUUUGCCAGACUCUGGUGUUGUAGAAUAUUUGAGCACAGGUGGAGUAGAAACAAAUCACAAAGACUUUAAGGAGUUGAGGUAUAACGAGAGUCUCACAAACUUCAGCUGUCAUGGGAAGAAUGGGACCACCAAUGGAAGGAUCACGCAUGGUUUCAAGUUACAGAGUGCCUAUGAGAGUGGCCUGAUGCCUUACACGAAUUACACAUUUGAUUUCAAGGGUAUAAUCGACUACAUUUUCUAUUCUAAACCUCAGCUGAACACCUUAGGCAUCCUGGGCCCUCUGGACCACCACUGGCUGGUUGAGAAUAACAUCAGUGGCUGCCCGCACCCCCUCAUCCCCUCUGACCACUUCUCACUUUUUGCACAACUGGAGCUCUUACUGCCUUUCCUGCCCCAAGUCAACGGCAUCCACCUUCCUGGCAGGAGGUAGUCGAGCACCUUCAGAGGACAGCCUUGAUUCACUUGUAAACUUGUGAAAAUCUGAACAUAGGGGAGUGAGGUAUGGCCACUGAGGAUUUUUGUUUGCUUAAGAAUGAUUUGGAUUUUCAAUCUGAUUAUUUGAUAAGGAUAUAGUAUGAAAGCCAGGUGCUAGCAACAGACAAAUUCUGAGCCCAAUAUGCUUUAUACUGCUAGACAGGGAUUGGUGUGUUUGCACCUAUCUUUAAUUUGUUAUAAGAAAUUUUCCUAUUUCUUCUAUCCAAUAUAAUAUUUUCAUGCCUUGAAAUAGGAAAAUGUUUGAACAGCAUAUUCUCUUUGCACAGAAAUCUGUAGCACUACUUUUUUGAGGCCAGUAGUAACAUCCAGAGACCAUUCUUCCAUACUUUACUCCCUCCUUUUUCAGACUUGUUUGUAAAAUAUAGAAUCUGAAUUUAGCCUUUAUGAUUGUAUAUGAUCCACAGAAGACCUGAUUUAUGAAAUUUUGUACUAAAAAAAAAUCAUUUGGAAAUGAUUGUAUUGUAAACUGAGACUAAAUUUUUUUUUAAACCUGUUUCAUGUGUUAUAAAGGCCAGCUUGUAAAAGAAGCUGCAACAGACUUUCUCUGCUCAUGAUUUGCACUCUUAGGGUUUUGUUAGCCCUUUUGUACUACUUUGUUUUUAAAUUGAGAACAUGGUUCUUUACAUAUAAAUCUGUUUCAACCUUAGGAUGUUUUCAGACCAGAGGCAACUUAUUCAUGAAUUUUUAUGAAAACUAUCUACUAGGACAGAUAAGCUGAACAGUGAUGAUCUGUAGACAUUUAUGGACUGAAUGUAAUGGUUGAUAUAUGUACAUUCUGAUAUUUUUAAAUCUUUAACUUUUUUAAGUUAAAAAACUGCAGCUGCUUAGGUACAGCUUCUUAACUCUUUUUGAGACACUUCCUGUCCUAUCUCCACUGUGCCUGCCUAAAUUUGUUCUCACCAAGCACUGCCUGUGCAUGCAGAGAAAAUCUGUGCAUCCUCUUUUAUAUUUUUAAAAUACUGUUUAACAUUUGUGAGAAUUUUAUGAAAAUGCUUUUGUAUGAGCUGUGGCUUUUUCCCAUUGUGAAGCAUUGAAUAUCACAUUUUGGAACAUGUUAUAGGGUGAGUCCCUGGAUCUUUGCUCACCAGAUCCAAGCACUGCUUCUCGGUGUCAUUGCAGUGUGCUGCUUGUCACCCAGAAUACUACUAUCAUGUGAAUUCUUUUUGUUGUCAGUGUAUUCCUUAGUCUUUUUGUUGUUGUUGUUGUUGUUUUAAUCAUUCCUUUUUUAAGAAGAAGUAAUUUUCCAUUUAUGAAGCAGUAUGAAUUAGAUGUAUUUUUAAAACAGGUCCCUAAGACAAUUCUUCAGAUCAUUUUUAAAAUGACUAAGUCAUUUUAGUAUGUCAAGCAAGAUAAAAAUUACAUCAUACCAUCUAUUUUGCCCGUAGUGUGCCAUUUAGAGAUGAAAACCAGCUUUAACUCUGCAAAGUGAACGUGUACAUGGUCUGUUCUCAUUUAUUCAUUCUUCUCUCAAAAGUCAAAUGAAUUCAGAGGGAGCUUGGUCAAACUGCUUUUGUUUCAACUGCAGGCAGGGGAGCAAAAGGACGCCAUGUGAGCAUUAGGAAAAAAAAUAUUGACUCUUACUAACAAUUUUUAUACGGAGAAUGAGUCAUUUUGGAAAUGAUCCUUUUUUUUUUUUUUUUCCUUUUAGAAAAUUAUCCAAAAGGUUUUGAUGUUGAAUCUUUGUCUUGGACCUGUUUUUUCCUUUGAGGGUUUUUUGUUUUUUGUUUUUUCUAGGAUUUCAUUGUGAUGUUUUGGUUUUGUUUUUUGUUUUUUGUUUAAGUUGUGCUGACACCAAACACAUCCAGUUUAUAAUCAGUACAUUGGAAAGCUGGUAUUGAUGUAGAACCAGUGCAUAACUUUUUACGGGGUUUUGUUAUUGGUUUUUUUGUAAAGUGUGAAUAAAAGGUAUGUUUACUCAUUUUUCCUGAACACUGUGUUGGUAAUGUGCAUCAUGACAAUUUCCAGUGAAGGUGAGCUGGAGCUGGUUGGACUAAUGAGACUGAGGAAGCAGCUUUUCCUACAAUCUGCAUUAUGUAAUCACAGGUCCAGAGAGCUUUAUGGAAGCGGGAGAGGAGGAGCACUUACUCAUGUUGUAUUUGUUAAUGGAGGAUGUCAUCUUUUCAUAGAUGCUGGAACUAGAGUGCACUUGUUAGAUGCUAAAGGUUUGAGCUUUACACAAAAUGUAUUCAUCUGUAUUUGUUAUUGUCUACAAUAUAUUUGAAUUUGGGGCGGCAUAUUAAGAUAUAAUGACAUGUUAUGUCUUGAAAAUACUUGUUUUGCCUCUUCCAGGCAUUCUGCAUUCUGUGGGUCAGUUUGAACAGCUUCUCCACCUUAUUUGGACAGUGAUAAAUUGAACCAAGAGUGUAGAUUUACAAGUGUAACCUUCAAAAGAGGAAGAAAUAUUUGGGGUCUAUAGGGAAUGAACAGUCACACCAAAAUAGACUAUGAUGCUUUUGUUAAGAAAGGUUUCAUGUUUUAGAUAUUUUCCGUGUCCUAAAUAAUUUUCAGUAAUCUAUACUCCCUAAAAUGCAAUAAAAACUAGUAUGUUUUCACGGUGUAUAUUUUUUUUCAAAAAUUCUGUAACAAAUAUAUUUAAUGUGUUGCCAUAAUGUAAUUUCAGUAUUUUUGCUGGAUAAAUCCAUUUUAGAAAUGUUUUACAAAAAGUUUAGGGCAUGUUUUCUGUUUUAAAGAUCAGAAGUUUGAAGGCACUCAAGUCCUUGUUGCAAAUCUCUUGAAGUACAGCUUUACCAUAUUCGUGGUAAUUAUUUAUACUUUGAGAAUUUAAAUAUUGUUCGUCAAAUUAACUUAUGGCAUAAUUUAAGCUAAAGUUGUAGAAAUGAAUUGUUGAGUGCAACUUUAAUAGUCCCAAAGAUAGGCAGAGAACAUCUCCAAAAAUGUGUGUUUGUGUGUGUGUGUGUGUGUGUGUGUGUUUGUGUGUGUGUGUGUGUGUGUGUGUGUUUGUGUGUUUGUGAUUUAGUGACAACCAGGAAAACUUACUUGGGGUUAUUAGCACUUUCAAACUUAGGGACAUUAUUAAAUUGGAUGGAAUGCACUUCUAAAUGUUUAAAUUAAAAUUUCAAAGCUCUUUCGAGAUUCAGGUUCUCAAUAAUAAUAUUCAAGUUUUAGAGUUUCACUUUGUACUGUUUAAAUUUAUGGAACUAGUUUCCAUACUGACUUCUAAGGUUUUGGGGUCAUAUAUAAGGACUAAAGCCAAGCUAGGCAAAACAAUUACAGCAUUGUUUUUUUAGUAAAGCUAUCAGAAUAUCCAGUACAAAUGUUGCAGAUAAUUCCAAGAACUCCUUUAGCAGAUGUUCUUCACCAUUCAUAAACAGUAUUUUAAGAUGUUCACUUUGCUCUUCUUUUUGGUUACAUAAAUUUUAGUAACUGGUAUGUUGAAGUAGUGUCUAAAAUAAAGUAUCUAGUCUUUAUUCACAGUACAUUAUAUCGUGUAAUGCACUGGACUAACUCUUGUUUACCAUUCAUGUAACAAAACCCAGCACAUUAUCUGCACUAUAAGCUCGAAGAAUGUCACAUCCGCCCAGGCAGCUCUUUGAUGAGGGUGAUGGGAACUGAAUAAACCAUACGGACUGGCGGUAACAAGGGCUUUUACUGUUCUGUUCAGUGGAACCUUCUUGGUCAAAUUGUAAUUAGCUAGUAUUAUAUUUAUAUACAGGGUCUUUUUUCUUUACUGAUGUAUUUUCCUACUCAUAGCCAACCAAUAAAUUCAGUAUCUGUUUCAAA